AGACGGAAAGUAUCAGAGUACGAAAUUAAGAAAGAUCAUAUUCUUUCUGAUCUAUCAGACAUUGAUGAAAAACUAAGAGCUGCAAAAGCAGAUCUUACGAAAUUUAUUAGUAAGUUCGCAGACAAUAAUAAAACAAAGGUCUCUGGAGGAGACCCAAUCAGCAAAAAUUCCGACAAAAAUGGUUCAAGUGACAGUGCUAGUGAAAUUUCAUUCGGUGAUAUUUCAAAUUUCGGGGGAGAUCAUGGAGGAGACUCAAACUGUGAGGAAAGUUCAAGUGACAAGUCCUCGAGGAUGGCACCAACCAAAACCCGCGAAGUUAAUCUUCGCAAGAAAGAAAAGGUCGAUUAUAACUUGGGACCGGCACCGAGAAAAUGCCGAGGAAAAAAGAAUGUUCGUGUGCAUAUACCCUCAACACCAUCAUCACCACCGCAUAUACCCUCAACAUCAUCAUCACCACCGCAUAUACUUUCACCAGCACCAACAAUAUGCUUAAAUUGUCAAUUGCACUGUCCGGAACGAGGAACCUAUGCUUUAUUUUCUUUAUACAUUGCAUCAGUUCUUCGUUAUCGUCUUCGAGUUUGUAGGUUGCCUAGAAUAUUGAGAGUUUUUGCUGGUCUAUUUUGA